GGAAGAUUACCCCCCUCCCUUUCCCAAGGUCCCAAUCCACCUCCUCCCCUUGCCUCCUGGGACAGGAAAUUGGCCGCCUUCCCAGGAGGAAGGCAGGAGGCCUGUGGAGAGGGGUGGAGUGUCUGUUGGGAGGAGGCCUCCUGUCCAGUCCCCCAGCCCUGGGACAGCGGCUGUGCAAGGAGAGCCAUGAAGGGCCGGGCUUCUCCUCGCACCAGCCAGACAGCCCACCCUCCACCCAGGGGAAGCGGCUGCCUCCGCCAGGCUGCUUCCAGGAAGCCCCGGGCCAGGCCCCAGCAUUGUUCGGGCCCCUCGGCCGACACCCCAGCCAGCUAGACACCAUGAAGUCCAGCGGCCCGGUGGAGAGGCUGCUCAGAGCUCUGGGGAGGAGGGACAGCAGCCGGGCCACCAGCAGGCCCCGGCGAGCGGAGCCGCACAGCUUCCGGGAGAAGGUUUUCCGGAAGAAGCCGCCCGUGUGCGCCGUGUGUAAGGUGACCGUCGACGGGACGGGCGUCUCAUGCAGAGUCUGCAAGGUGGCAACCCACAGAAAAUGUGAAGCCAAGGUGACUUCAUCCUGCCAGGCCGUGCCUCCUCCGGAGCUGCGGAGAAGCACGGCCCCUGUGCGGCGCAUAGAGCACCUGGGCUCCACCAAGUCCCUGAACCACGCGAAGCAGCGCAGCACUCUGCCCAGGAGCUUCAGCCUGGACCCGCUCAUGGAGCGGCGCUGGGACCUGGACCUCACCUACGUGACCGAGCGCAUCCUGGCCGCCGCCUUCCCCGCGCGCCCCGACGAGCAGCGCCACCGCGGCCACCUGCGGGAGCUGGCGCACGUGCUGCAGAGCAAGCACCGCGACAAGUACCUGCUCUUCAACCUUUCAGAGAAAAGACACGACCUGACCCGCCUGAACCCCAAGGUCCAGGACUUCGGGUGGCCUGAGCUGCACGCACCCCCCCUGGACAAGCUGUGCUCCAUCUGCAAAGCCAUGGAGACGUGGCUCAGUGCCGACCCGCAGCACGUGGUGGUGCUGUACUGCAAGGGGAGCAAAGGCAAGUUUGGCGUCAUCAUCUCUGCCUACAUGCACUACAGCAAGAUCUCUGCAGGGGCCGACCAGGCGCUGGCUACUCUCACCAUGCGGAAGUUCUGCGAGGACAAGGUGGCCUCGGAACUGCAGCCUUCCCAGCGCCGAUACGUCAGCUACUUCAGUGGUCUGCUGUCCGGCUCCAUCAGAAUGAACAGCAGUCCUCUCUUCCUGCACUAUGUGCUGGUGCCCGUGCUGCCAGCCUUUGAACCUGGCACAGGCUUCCAGCCCUUCCUCAAGAUCUACCAGUCCAUGCAGCUUGUCUACACAUCCGGAAUCUAUCACAUUGCAGGCCCCGGCCCCCAGCAGCUUUGCAUCAGCCUGGAGCCAGCCCUCCUCCUCAAGGGCGAUGUCAUGGUGACGUGCUACCACAAGGGGGGCCGGAGGACAGACCGGACCCUUGUAUUCCGAGUCCAGUUCCACACGUGCACCAUCCACGGGCCACGGCUCACCUUCCCCAAGGACCAGCUGGAUGAGGCCUGGGCUGACCAGCGGUUCCCCUUCCAAGCCUCGGUGGAGUUUGUCUUCUCCUCCAGCCCCGAGAAGAUCAAAGGCAGCACCCCGCGGAAUGACCCCUCGGUGUCUGUGGACUACAACACCGCGGAGCCCGCCGUGCGCUGGGAUUCCUACGAGAACUUCAACCAGCACCACGAGGACAGCGUGGACGGCUCCCUGACACACACCCGGGGCCCCCUGGAUGGCAGCCCCUAUGCCCAGGUGCAGCGCGCCCCCCGCCAGACCCCACCAGCACCGUCUCCAGAGCCGCCCCCACCCCCGAUGCUGUCCGUCAGCAGCGACUCCGGCCAUUCCUCCAUGCUGACCACGGAGCCGGCUGCCGAGUCCCCUGGCCGGCCGCCCCCGACGGCUGCCGAAAGGCAGGAGCUCGAUCGCCUGCUGGGCGGCUGUGGCGUGGCCAGUGGGGGCCGGGGCGCUGGGCGCGAGACGGCCAUCCUGGAUGAUGAAGAGCAGCCCCCCGCGGGCGGAGGCCCCCACCUCGCCACGUACUCUGGCCACCGACCCGGCCUCAGCCGCCACUGCUCCUGCCGCCAGGGCUACCGGGAGGCCUGCGGCGUCCCCAACGGGGGCUUCUACCGGCCCGAGGGCACUCUGGACAGGCGGCGGCUGGCCUACGGGGGCUACGAGGGCCCUCCCCAGGCCUACGCCGAGGGCCCUCUGGAGAAGCGGCGCCUGUGCCGGUCCCUGUCCGAGGGGCCCUACCCAUACCCGGCCGAGCUGGGAAAAGCAGCCAACGGGGACUUCGGCUUCCGCGCCCCCAGCUACCGGGAGGUGGUGAUCCUGGAGGACCCCGGGCUGCCUGCCGUGUGCCCCUGCCCCGCCUGUGAGGAGAAGCUGGCACUGCCCACCGCAGCCCUGUAUGGGCUACGGCUGGAGAGGGAGGCUGGAGAGGGAUGGGCAAGUGAGGUUGGCAAGCCUCUCCUGCACCCCGUGCAGCCUGGGCACGCCCUGCCCCUGCUGGUGCCUGCCUGCGGGCAUCACCACGCCCCCAUGCCUGACUACAGCUGCCUGAAGCCUCCCAAGGCAGGCGAGGAAGGGCACGAGGGCUACCCCUAUGCCAUGUGCCCCGAAGGCAGGUAUGGGCAUCCCGGGUACCCCACCCUGGUGACAUACAGCUAUGGAGGAGCAGUGCCCAGUUACUGCCCGGCCUAUGGCCGGGUGCCUCACAACUGUGGGUCUUCAGGCGAGGGCAGAGGAUACCCCAGCCCUGGUGCCCACUCCCCUCGGGCUGGCUCCAUUUCCCCGGGCAGCCCACCCUACCCACAGUCCCGGAAGCUGAGCUACGAGAUCCCUGCAGAAGAAGGCGGGGACAGGUAUCCACUGCCCGGGCACCUGGCCCCAGCGGGACCCUUGGCAUCAGCAGAGUCACCCGAGCCAGCGUCCUGGAGGGAGGGCCCCAGCCGGCACAGCACCCUGCCUCGGUCUCCCCGAGAUGCCCAGUGCGGGGCCUCUUCCGAGCUGUCUGGUCCCUCCACACCCCUGCACACCAGCAGCCCCGUGCAGGGCAAGGAGAGCACCCGGCGACAGGACACCAGGUCCCCCACCUCGGCGCCCGCCCAGCGACGGAGUCCUGUUUCGCAGGGCGGCGCCGGUUCCCAGGCAGCCUGUGUGCAGCCCGCGUCCCAGGGAGGCGCCGCAAAGGCUUCCGAGCUGCCAGCAAGAAGUGGGCUUGAGCCUCCGGCCCCAGGGCCCUUCUCCCCGACCUCCUCUCCCGGCUCCCCCAACGACUGGCCUCAGGACAGGAGCCCGGGAGGCCACUCGGACAGGACCAGCCCCAGGGGCCCCGUGCCCACCACGCUGCCUGGCCUCCGCCGCCCCUGGCAGGGUCUCCGAGACCCCCCCGACAGCCCGGAUGGGUCUCCCCUCACCCCCGUGCCCACCCAGAUGCCCUGGCUCGUGGCCAGCCCGGAGCCCCCUCAGAGCUCGCCCACGCCUGCCUUCCCCCUGGCCGCAGCCUAUGAGGCCGGCGGCCCCGCCCAGCCCCCGCUGCCCGAGAAGCGCCACGUGGCGGGGCAGCAGCCCGGCGCCUGGGCUCCGGAGCAGGCGUCCCCCCCAGGCAAAGGCACCAGUCACCACGUCACCUUCGCGCCCCUGCUCCGGGAUCACACCCCCGCAGCCCCAGAGCCCCCGGUGCCCGAGAGCCAGAGCAACGUCAAGUUCGUCCAGGACACGUCCAAGUUCUGGUACAAGCCGCACCUGUCCCGCGACCAAGCCAUCGCCCUGCUGAAGGACAAGGACCCCGGGGCCUUCCUGAUCAGGGACAGUCACUCAUUCCAAGGAGCCUACGGGCUGGCCCUCAAGGUGGCGACGCCCCCACCCAGCGCUCAGCCCUGGAAAGGGGACCCCCUGGAGCAGCUGGUCCGCCAUUUUCUCAUUGAGACUGGGCCCAAAGGGGUGAAGAUCAAGGGCUGUCCCACCGAGCCCUACUUCGGCAGCCUGUCCGCCCUGGUUUCCCAGCACUCCAUCUCCCCACUGUCCCUGCCCUGCUGUCUGCGCAUCCCCAGCAAAGAUCCUCUGGAGGAGACCCCCGAGGCCCCGGUACCCACCAACAUGAGCACCGCGGCGGACCUCCUGCGGCAGGGAGCUGCCUGCAGUGUGCUCUACCUGACCUCGGUGGAGACGGAGUCACUGACCGGCCCCCAAGCCGUGGCCCGGGCCAGCUCCGCGGCUCUGAGCUGCAGCCCCCGCCCCACGCCGGCCGUUGUCCACUUCAAGGUCUCCGCCCAGGGCAUCACGCUGACAGACAAUCAGAGGAAGCUUUUCUUUCGCCGCCAUUAUCCGGUAACCAGCAUCACCUUCUCCAGCACGGACCCGCAGGACCGCAGAUGGACCAACCCCGACGGGACCACCUCCAAGAUUUUUGGUUUCGUGGCCAAGAAGCCGGGAAGUCCCUGGGAGAACGUGUGUCACCUCUUUGCAGAGCUUGACCCAGAUCAGCCUGCAGGUGCCAUUGUCACCUUCAUCACUAAAGUUCUACUGGGCCAGAGAAAAUGAAGGAAGGCCACCAGCUCAGAGCCCACAUCAACACUGCGCCUCUCCCAGCACCCCACAGCCUCACUUCCCCUGGCCUGGACCCAGGAGGCCCGGAGCCAGCCCGCUCCCUAAGGAAUGCGGAGAGGGCACUGACCUGGGCGCUGCUCCCUUCCCUGCCCCCAGCCUGCUAAGCUAAGUGGACGGGCCCGGGACAUGACCUCGCACGUGAGCAGAUGGCAGAGAUGGGCAUGUGAAGGGUGAGGCGGCACCAGCAGCUGAGCCCUGGAGGGGAUCGGGACAGCCCCGCCUGCGCGAGAACACCAGCCCUGGAUGGGAACAGGCCCUGCCAGCUGCGCCCAGCUGCAGGUCCUAGUAUGGCAGGGACAGGGGAGAGGUGUGAGGGGCAGGCACUCCUCCUCUGCCUCCCCCUCUGAGCAAAAAGACCAGAGUGGAAUCACAUGAAAAGGGGGGGAAAAGAGUCUAUUUUUGUCUAAUAAUAAAGAAUCUCUAUAACUUUUA